AUGACUGAACUCAUCGAGUUGUCCAAAAAGUUUGUGAUGGUUAAUGUAGAAGAUGAUGAUGAGCCCGAAGAUGACAAAUACGCUCCUGACGGUGGAUACAUCCCACGAAUUUUAUUCUUAGAUACUGAUGCGGAGCCGUUGAAGACUAACAAUGGCGCCAGAUACAAGAAUAACAAAUAUUUCUAUCCACUUGUCCCACAAGUACUUGAUGGAAUGCAGAGAGCGCUCGACGAGUUUGAAGCAACAUCGAAGGUGGGCUGA